UCCUGUUGAGUUUAGCAUUGCGGCCUCUGCUGAAGGGCACUUGUCUCAUUCUGUUUGCACCAGGGUCGAGUCUAAAAGGACCAUUAACAAUCCAUCAUGGGAGGACAUGACGCCGGAAGCCAGCACCAGUUCACUGGAUUCGCCAAAUACUUCAAUGCAUACACAAUCACCGGAAGGAGGAAUUGUGUUUUGGCCACAUAUGGCAGUAUAGUAGCCAUUUGCCUUUUCUUCAAAUUGAAGCCCAAGAAACAGGCAGCCAUCGCAGACAAGUGAUCAUGCGUCUUUUCUGACCAUCAUUUCCAACAGCUGGGGGUGGAGAAAGCAGCUGGACAUGCUUGCAAUAAAAUGUGCGUUUGGUUUCCCAUGUUAAUAAAGAACAUUUAUGCUCAAAACAUAGAAAACAUG